AUGGGGCUCAUGGCUCGGGAGCUAGUCUCCUCGCUUCUGGGGCUGUGGCUGCUGCUGUGCAGCUUGGGGUGCCCCGGUAGCGCCGAGCUCCGGGCCCCGCCGGAUAAGAUCGCAAUUAUUGGAGCUGGAAUUGGUGGCACUUCAGCAGCCUACUAUUUGCGGCAGAAAUUUGGGAAAGAUGUGAAGAUUGACCUGUUUGAAAGAGGAGAGGUGGGAGGCCGUCUGGCCACAAUGACUGUCCGAGGGCAAGAAUAUGAGGCAGGAGGUUCUGUCAUCCAUCCUUUAAAUCUGCACAUGAAGCGUUUUGUCAAGGACCUGGGUCUUUCUACUAUUCAGAGCUCUGGUGGCCUAAUGGGGGUGUAUAAUGGAGAGACUCUGGUAUUUGAGGAGAGCAGCUGGUUUAUAAUUAACAUGUUUAAACUAAUUUGGCACUAUGGAUUUCAGUCCCUCCGAAUGCACAUGUGGGUAGAGGAUAUAUUGGACAAGUUUAUGAGGAUCUACCGUUACCAGUCUCAUGACUAUGCCUUCAGCAGUGUAGAAAAGUUACUACAUUCUCUAGGAGGGGACGAAUUCCUUGGAAUGCUUAACCGAACACUUCUUGAAACCUUGCAGAAAGCAGGCUUCUCGGAGAAAUUCCUCAAUGAAAUUGUUGCACCUGUCAUGAGGGUCAAUUAUGGCCAAAGCAUGAACAUCAAUGGUUUUGUGGGGGCAGUAUCAUUGUCCUCUGCUGAUUCUGGCCUUUGGGCAGUAGAAGGUGGCAAUAAACUUGUUUGCUCAGGGCUCCUUCGGGCAUCCAAAAGCAACCUUAUAUCUGGCUCAGUAAUGUACAUAGAGGAAAAAACAAGGACCAAGCAUACAGGAAAUCCCACAAAGAUGUAUGAAGUGAUCUAUCAAAUUGGAUCUGAGAUCCGUUCAGAUGUCUAUGACAUUGUCUUGGUGGCCACUCCACUGAAUCGAAAAAUGUCCAAUAUAACUUUCCUCAACUUUGAUCCUCCAAUUGAGGAAUUCCAUCAGUACUACCAACAUAUAGUGACAACUUUAAUUAAGGGGCAGUUGAAUUCAACUCUUUUUAGCUCUAGAGCCUUAGACAAAUUCGAUCUCAGUACAAUCUUAACCACUGAUAAUUCAGAUUUGUUCAUUAACAGCAUUGGGAUUGUGUCCUCUGUAACAGAAAAGGAUAAUCCUCAACCAUUAACAGAUAGGGGAUAUGUUUGGAAGAUCUUUUCCCAAGAAAUUCUCACUAAAGAACAAAUAUUAAAGCUCUUUUUGUCCUAUGAUUACGCUGUGAAGCAGUCAUGGCUUGCAUAUCCUCAUUACAAGCCUCCAGAGAAAUGUCCCUCCAUCAUACUCCACGACAGACUUUACUACCUCAAUGGCAUAGAGUGUGCAGCAAGUGCCAUGGAGAUGAGUGCCAUUGCCGCCCACAAUGCUGCUCUUCUUGCUUAUCACCGUUGGAAUGGGCACACAGACAUGAUUGACCAAGAGGACUUAUAUGAGAAACUUAAAACUGAACUAUGAAAUAACACUAUCACUUUUCCCCCCUUCUGGUUCCAAAUGAAGUUAUCACUGGCAAAGAACACAAUCUGAGCAGAGAUGAUUUUGAAUUAGCUAUUUUGUCAUAAAUUGGUAUUAACAAAAGUAAUCCCAGUGAGUUAUGAGAAAAUACAAGGUUCUAAUUAAGUGUGAAGGUGUUAACUACUGCAUGUAUGCCAUCUCCAAAAUUUCUUAAUUCGUCUUUUAAUAUCCAUCAACAGUGUAGAAUCACUUGGGAUUUGUUAAACAUAUGGGUUCUCUAGUUCCUCUGGAGAUUCUGAUUUUCUAGGUCUAGGGAAUGGGACCCUGGAUUUUGAACAACACUUUGGAAUAUUUUAAGCUGAGCAUCUGAGGAAGAGUUUAAAAACAAAUUUUAGUGGGGGAGUAGAUCUCUUGGGCUUCACAGCUGGAAGUGACCUUCAGAUAGUUACAACUACUACAAGAACUGGUAUCAUACGUCUGGCUUUAGUUAAUUUAUACCCUUUUUCAGAGUAGAUGUGCCCAUUCCAGGAGGCUUGACUUUUUGAAUGUUCUUUGGACUGCUUCUGACUUGAUUUUAUUAGGGGUGAAAUUCAGAAGACUUAUUAGGUUAACUUUGUUGCAGAAAAAUCUCAAGUAAAAUGAAAGCAAAUGCAGGGUAUUAGUUUAAGAAAUUACAUUUUCAAAUCCUCACCUGUGGAGCUCUAAAAAAUAUUGCUAGACUCCCAUGUGACCAGAGUCUGAUUUAGUUGAUUGAGGAUAGGCGCUCAGCAUUGUAGCUAAAAAGUUCCUAAGGUACAACCUGGGUUGAGAAUCACUGAUGUGGGGGGUUAAGAUGUCUCUAAAGGGGGUUCAGUGCCUUAAAAGUCCCAGAAAACCUAAUGCAUUAUUAAAGCAGAUUCAUUUUGUGAAGAACGAUUUCUCUCAACAAGAACUCUAGUAGUAAUCUUGACAGUAAGCAUUGUCAGUCUGAUGACAGAGGCAACUCAGAUUACUCCAGAACCACUGACCUUAGAGUAGGAUAUUCAGAAUGAUACCACACUUGAUCAAAUCCUGUCCAUGUUCAAACUAUUAAAUGCUUCUAAAACUACGGUAGCAUUUGGGGUUAGAAACUGGUUGCUGUUGGGGUGCCUGGGUGGCUCAGUGGGUUAAAGCCUCUGCCUUC